UGCCAGUUCCACACCCCUUACCCACCGCCAACACCACCUCCUCCCAACACACGUCACGCACGUCAAGCUCGCUCCUCGGGUCUUGCACUUGUUUCUGCAGCUAUCCGAUUUCCUCCUUCGAGUUUGCAUACCUCUUUCGUCCACGCCAAGCGCUGUCGCCCGUCGUCGAGAGGCAGAAAAAGGGCAGGGCUCUCCCUCCUCGCCCAGGCAUCCCUGCCCUGUCUAGUGAAUUCCGUCUAUAUGGGUUCGUGUCUUGUCUACUUUGUGUCCGUUCUGGACCCUCCUGCCCAGUAUCCAAUCGCAGCGCCCGCUGGGCACCGUCCUGGACAUCAGGCCAGGGCGUUCAAGAACGGGGACUGAGUUGUCCAUCACCUGUGCCAUCUGCAAAAAGAACAAGGCCUCCCGCUCCUGCCACAUCUUCUCCCUUGGGCGACGGCGAACAUCCCCAAGUCCCACAGAUCCAAAUAUGGCCUCGACACCCAGAACAACAGCGCCACCAAGGCAGGCGCCGCUCUGGGGCAUGCCCGACAACACCUGCACAACAACCGACGUAGGCGACGCCGCCGCCGCCGCCGCCGCCCUGCCCCCCGUCGGGGAGUACGCCAUCGAGGCGGACGGCGUCCGGGUCUUCUACCGCCACUCGGGGCCGACCGACCCCGGCUCCCCCACCGUCCUCCUCCUGCACGGCUACUCCAGCUCGUCCUACAUGUACCGCGGCCUGAUGCCGUACCUGGCCGCCUCGGGCUACCGCGUCGUGGCGCCCGACCUCCCGGGGUCGGGCUUCACCGAAGUGCCGCGCGCGCGCCGCUACGCCUACACCUUUGCGUCCCUGGCGUCCACGCUCGAGGCCUUUGUCGACGCGCUGGGGCUCGGCCGCUUCGCCAUGUACGUCUUCGACCACGGCGCCCCCGUCGGCUUCCGCCUGGCGCUGCGGCGGCCCGACGCCGUCACCGCCAUCGUCAGCCAGAACGGCAACGUGUGCGCCGAGGGGCUACGCAUGCCCUUUUGGGAGCCCAUCGAGGCGUACUGGGCCACUGCUAGCAGCAGCAGUAGCAGCAGUCAUCGACAAAACAGGGCGGAGCAGUGCAGACAGGCCAUCAGCGGCGCGCUCGAGCUCCCGACCACGCGGUGGUGCCGGUCGUGGGGGCUCCCGGCGGACGUGAGCGCCGAGCACGAGGCGGCGCUGGCCGAGGCGUGUCGGCUGGACCAGGCGCUGCUGGACCGGCCCGGGGCGAAGGAGGCGCAGCUGGACCUGUUCUACGACUACCGCACAAACUUGGAGCUGUACCCGCGCUUCCAGCAGUACCUGUACGCCAGCCGCGUGCCAGUCCUGGCCGUCUGGGGCCGCAACGACCCCAUAUUCGCGCCCGAGGGCGCCCUCGCGCUGGGCAGGCACGUCGAGGAGUUUGAGAUGCACUGGCUCGACGCGGGGCACUUUGCCUUGGAUGGGAACGAGGCGCAGGUCGCGGGCCUGAUGCGGAGUUUCUUUGACACGUAUUACGUUUUUAGUCCUUUUUAGUAUGGUCGAAGGAGGCUCCUUAUUUAUUAUAGCUAAUUUCGGCAGCAUAGCGAAUCUGCUUGCUUGGUAUCACCGUAGAAAAUGGGAUUGGUUGGGCUGGGCGGCGUUGGGACAGGGACUGUAUUAUGGGGGCUCAUCUUGGAGGGCUUUUUCUAAAUCUCAUUUUUAUCUUUUUAUCUCCUUUUACUACCCCGAGUGUCUCUUGACCACUGACCACAAGCCAAACACACCAACACAUCUAGACUGCCC